CUGGAGGAACAAGUGCUAGGAUCAAGGCCUUGGUCAUCGUUGCAAAAACCCAACCAGACUAUGCUGAGCAUCAGCAAUUUGCUCAAAAUUAGAGUGAAACUGACAGAGUAAAGUUAGGAGAAGGGAAUACUGAGUGUCUAUGAAAAGGCCAAGCAAUGUCAUGACAUGCAGUUUCCUGCUGAACGAGUUGUGUGGAAAAAUUAAAGCCGUUUUGAAUGUUGGUAUAUAAACAUGUAUUGUGUGAUGUAUAACUAACAUGAUUGCUUGUGAGGGAAAGUUUCUUUGCAUUACAGCUAUUUUCUGGUAUGUACUUUCAGUGUUUCAUCAAACAAUUUCAACAGAAACAAUCCUUGCAACUGAGGCUCGAAAAUUAUAUUCGCUGUCAUCACUCAUGGACUCUGGGGAGCUCCAGUCGGCACAAAUGCACUCCCUUCGAUUUCUGUGGUCAGCAUGCAGGAAGCCAGAGAGCACAAAUAGGUAACAGAAGUCUCUCCUAUUUGCACAGUCUGACUGCUGCCUUCUUCAAUUCACUGCCUUUGCGGAGUUUUUUCUUUAAAGCAUUCUUUCAAGAUGUCUACUGUCCAUGAAAUUUUAAGCAAGCUCAGCCUUGAAGGAGAUCAUUCUCUCCCACCAAGUGCCUAUGCCACAGUUAAGGCCUACUCAAAUUUUGAUGCUGACCGGGAUGCUGCAGCCUUGGAAACAGCCAUCAAGACCAAAGGUGUGGAUGAGGUCACCAUCAUCAACAUCCUGACAAACCGCAGCAAUGAGCAGAGGCAGGAUAUUGCUUUUGCCUAUCAGAGGAGAACCAAAAAGGAACUUUCUGCAGCGCUCAAGUCUGCUCUGUCGGGUCAUUUGGAGGCAGUGAUCUUGGGCUUGCUGAAGACACCAGCUCAGUAUGAUGCCUCUGAAUUGAAAGCUUCCAUGAAGGGCCUGGGAACUGAUGAAGACGCACUCAUUGAAAUCAUCUGCUCAAGAACAAAUCAAGAGCUUAGUGAAAUUAUCAGAGUCUACAGGGAAAUGUACAAGACAGAACUGGAAAAGGACAUUAUAUCAGACACAUCUGGCGACUUCCGCAAGCUAAUGGUUGCCCUGGCCAAGGGCAAAAGGUGUGAAGAUAACUCUGUCAUUGAUUAUGAACUGAUUGACCAGGAUGCUAGGGAGCUCUAUGAUGCUGGUGUGAAAAGAAAGGGAACUGAUGUCCCCAAGUGGAUCAACAUUAUGACUGAAAGAAGUGUCCCCCACCUGCAGAAAGUGUUUGAGAGGUACAAGAGCUACAGCCCACAUGAUAUGUUGGAGAGCAUCAAGAAGGAGGUUAAGGGAGACUUGGAGAAUGCCUUCCUCAAUCUUGUCCAGUGCAUUCAGAACAAGCAGCUGUACUUUGCGGACAGACUGUAUGAUUCCAUGAAGGGCAAGGGAACCCGUGACAAGGUUCUGAUCAGGAUUAUGGUCUCCCGCUGCGAGGUUGACAUGCUGAAAAUUAAGAGUGAAUUCAAGAGGAAAUAUGGAAAAUCUCUCUAUUAUUUCAUCCAGCAAGACACAAAAGGGGAUUACCAGAGGGCACUGCUGAACCUUUGUGGUGGAGAGGACUGAAAACUGUGAUGGAAGAAGCCCAAUUCCAGAGACAUGUCUUUUUUUUUGAUCUUCAUUUUACUGUAAUCGUAAAAACAAUGACUUGCCUAGCUAACCUUGACUUGCCUUUGUAUCUGCACCAACCCCUGCUAUAGUACGCUUGCCGAUGCUGUGAGCACUUCCCUCAGCAGCAGUGCUCUGCUUGGCUCUGCCAAGGGUCCUAAUAGCGUGCAGCCAGAGAAACUAACCUUCCACACAUAAACGAGGUUACAAGCGCUUGUGAAAGACUCUGCCUCUCUGUGCAAUGUUUCUAAUAAAACAUAAAUAAAACUGGAGUUUUACUUUAAGAA